AUGGUCAACUUGCUCGGCAAGACGCUCCAGGACAACAAGCUGGUCAAGAUCGCCAUCCGCGGGUUCUACGGCGUCGGACCCGUCAUCGCGGAGCGCAUCAUGGCACGGCUGCAGUUCCACGAUCAGCUGCUUGUCCGCGAGCUCAGCGAACGCCAACUCAACGCUCUCUCCGCCCUCCUCUCCGCCCCUUCCGCACACCCUCGCCCUUCAACUCCUCUCAGACCCUUCUCCGCCGUCUCUCCCCCUCCAGCCGACAAGCUCAUCCCGCGAGACCCGCCGGCCGCAGAGAGGGACCCGCUCGUCAACUUGAUGAUCGAGGAAGACUUGCUGCGAAAGUACCGCGCCGACAUCGCACACUUGUACAACAUCGGCACCUGGAGGGGCCUGCGGCACGCGAUGCGCUUGCCCGUGCGCGGACAGAAGAGCCACCCGAACGCCAAGACGGCGAAGAGGCUCAACAGGCUCGAGCGGAGGGCGUACAGCACGGUUGCGAAUGCGAGUCAGGCGGGAUCCGGCUGUGUCUUGGAGUCAUUGCGGACAUUGCACGCGUCCACCGGCCGACCAUCCCUCUCCUCGCUCUUCCGAUGA